UACACAACAGACCCAGGAGAGACAACACACAGUUCUUGGAUUACUUCUUGAGGAAUAUUCUAAUCGAAAACUCACACUAACUUCACACAGCAUUUGGCUGUCAUUUUCUUCUGUUUUACAGUUUUCUCCAGGGUUUGUACAACACGGGACUAUUUUGAAAUCAUUACAAUUCCUUUCACAAUAGUCCCACAGGCGUUGUGAGUCUGGCAAGCGAGUCUACUUUCACACAAGCUUCAACGUAUCUUUAAAGUAUCAUCAGUUGUUUUUGGACUAUUUGGGCCGUGGACUGUCCAAUUCACCGUCUUGAGUCACUCUGACUGCCUGGACCAUUUUACGUUUUUAUAAACAGUUUUUGAAGACUAUUCUACCCUAGGACUACCAUACCUCUCAUUGCCAUGGCGAACAGCUGUCUCCAGCUCAGCGGUUUUGUGAUGAGUUGUAUCGGCUGGGUCGGGAUCCUUAUCGCCACUGCCACCAACGACUGGGUAGUGACGUGUAAAUACGGCAUGAACACCUGCAAGAAGAUGGACGAGUUAGGAGCCAAGGGCCUGUGGGCUGAAUGUGUCAUAUCAACCGCCCUCUAUCACUGUAUAUCACUGACACAGAUAUUGGACCUACCGGCAUACAUCCAGACGUCAAGGGCGUUGAUGAUAACUGGAUCCCUCCUGGGGCUGCCUGCAGUGGGGAUGGUCCUAACAGCCACGCCCUGCAUCUCUCUGGGGGACGAGCCUCAGUCAGCCAAGAACAAACGAUCUCUACUUGGGGGAGUUCUCAUACUGCUAGUGGCUCUGUGUGGGGGGGUGUCCACAGUAUGGUUUCCUAUCGGAGCCCACCAGGACCAGGGACUCAUGUCGUUUGGGUUCAGCCUGUACGCUGGCUGGGUGGGCACGGCCUUCUGUCUCCUGGGAGGGGCCAUGAUCACCUGCUGUUCUACUGAACCGUCCCAACCCUACAAUCACCAUGACAACAACAGGUUCUACUACUCCAAAGGACAGGGGCCUGGCAACCCUGUUCCACCCUCCACUAACCACGCCAAGAGUGCCCAUGUUUAGACACACAUGAAGUACAUGCAUGCACAUACGCGCACACACACACACACACACACACACACACACACAC